CAGAAGAGGAAAACAAAUCAAAUCAUGAAGGCUACCCUGCCCUGUCUUCUCCUCCUGUGCUCUGCCUGUCAGCUGGACGCAGGUGUGUCGGUGGUCCUGACUCCCCUGGAACCCAAAGUCCUGCUGGGGGAUUCGGUGGCCCUGACCUGCUCAGCGGAGGGCGGCUCGUCUCCAGAGGAGGAAGAGCUGGAGUGGCAUCGAGAGGGGGCCCUGGUCAAGCUGGACGACCACAACCGCUACACGCCCAGCAGGCUGUGUGUGCAGAACGUCACCAGGCAGGACCACCUGGUCACCUUCACCUGUCACCUGAAGAGGAACUUCACCAUCACCACACACGUCACUGUCAAAGUGCGCUUCCCUCCAGACCUCUCAGGCAGGGAAACACUCUUGGUGGAGGAGGGUGAUGAUGCGGUGCUGAUAUGCCCGGUGUGGGCCUACCCACAGGUGUCCGUCACCUGGACCAAGGACGACGGGCCCCCUGCCAUGGUGGGCAACGGCUUCACCCUCUACCAGGACAGCUGGGAAGCACGGCUCACCCUCACCCGCGUCCAGAGGGACAAGCACCAGGCCUGCUACACCUGCGUAGCCAACUCCCCAGAGUUUGGGAAUAGGAGCAAGACCAUCCAGCUGAUUAUAGAAGAUAAGAAAACGCCUUUCCCAGAGGGGCCCGUGAUUGCUGGGUGCGUCGUCACACUUUUAACUGCAGCACUGGCAUUCGUGUCAAGGUGGGAUAAAGUCAAAAAGUGUUGCAAAUAAACAAUGCCAGUGGGAAUGUGACAAGAGCUCCAGGAUCAGGGCUUCACUUCCAACAUGGAUAAUCUAUACUUUUGCUCUUUUAUAGUUAACAAAUGUAUGCCUAAUGUAUUUUUAUGAAACAAAUAAAUAAAGAUGAAC